AUGUUUCUCAGUUGGGCACGCGUCUCGAGUCUUAAGCGGCAGGUUGCUGCGCGGGUCUGUCCCGUUUCGCGGGUUGCGCGGGGCCACGCAGUGAUGACCCCGCACAUGAAGGUUACCCCGCUGGGGUCCUUGCCGGAGUCGCUGCGCUCGUUGUCGACGUUGGUUUCGGUGCCAAAUGUUCCUGUUAUCAAGGACGAGAACAAGGUGCUUGCUCAAGAAGAAGAUCUUGAGAAGGUCGAAGUUGACGAGCUAGAGGAGCCGACGAGCGCGGCGAAGAAGCCUCGACGUCGAACGAAUCACACGACGACCUGUGCAGCCACGGCCUAUGUCCGAGAGAUCUGUAAGUUGGACCGCAUCUCUGACGAGGAGGUUGCGCGUUUGUCGCGAGCCACGCAGGACUACUGCGCGCUGUUGAAACAACGUGACGAGCUCCGGAACACCCUGGGGCGUGAGCCUACAAACGCAGAGUGGGCGGCUGCAGUUGAUGCGCCCGAAGAGGAAAUCCAGCAGCGGGUGGAACGUGGACGGAGGGCGCGUGAACGUCUUGUCGCAGCAAACUUGCGUUUAGUUCUAGCAAUAGCCAAUCGUUACAAGUCUCGGGCAGUAGUGCGCUCUGCCUGGCGGUCCAAGACGAAGAGCGGAAUAGAGGUGCCCGCUCAUGAACGAGUGCGACUUCAGAGGCAGCAUAACAUUUUUCUCGGCGAUCUCAUUCAGGAGGGAGCCAUUGGCCUCAUCCGCGCGGCGGAGAAGUUCGAUCCCUCCAAAGGUUUCAAGUUCUCAACCUACGCGACUUGGUGGAUCAGGCAGGCAAUCCAGCGGUGUGUGUCUGAGCACUCACGCACGAUCCGCUUACCCAAUCAUGUGACUGAAUCAUUGCGACAGAUUUAUCGGACGAGGGCCCGCUUGCAACACGUUUUGAAGAGACCACCAACGGACGAGGAAGUCGCUGAGGCAUGCAAUAUGACACUGAAACGUCUGAAGAAGAUCACGCAACACGCCUGGGAAACGCAGACCCUUAGUCUAGAGGGGCCACCAAGCACUGAGGCCCAGAGUCUCUACAAGGCACAGCAGGGAGAGGCGCCGCUCUCCAUUGGCAGCGUCAUAGAGGCCACAGAGGAGACACCCGAGGAGGCUCUGGAGCGGAGCUGUAUGCGUGAAGAUGUCGAGUGCGUGUUGCGCACCCUUCCGUUCCAGGAACGCGAGAUUCUUCGUUUGAGGUACGGCAUUUCGGAUGACGAACGUCCGCACUCCGCGGAGGAACUCAGUGCAAGGUUCAAGUUACCAGUUCACACGAUUCGCCUGAUUGAGUCACGAGCUCUGCGAAAGUUGCGUCAUCCAAGUUUGACCGCGAUGCUUCGCGAGUAUGUGAAUAUUCUUUGA